CUGCAAUAGAUAAACAACAUUUGCCCAAGUUGAAUAAUAAUACUCAAAUGGCGGAUCUAGACUUCGAACUGAUCAAUGUCCCAAAGCUUACGGUGAGAAAUUAUACUCAGCCAAGGCGUUUCCGUCCUCACAGCCCCCCCUGAAUAGAACUUUGGCUGCUCAUGAAAUGCAAGGUAAUCCACCUCAGCUGAAAGCCACAGCAAGCUGUCACAGAUGACGGAUCGUUGGUUCAGCCUGACUGCCGUGGAUGCUGUGCUCUGUCCAAGAUGAGGUGGCUGACCGCGCUGACUUGGGCAACUCCUGAUGACGCCCAGCGGCACUUGAUACUCCAUAAGAAUACUGUAAUGCUCAGCAAGCAGACAGAGUCCUUGUCGCGUGGCUGACAACCAAAUCAGGGAAAUGGUGCAAUACGGGAUCUACAGUAAAUCGACCGCACAGGCGAUUAUCUGGAGCAAUAAGGUGAUCAACCUUUAAUAAAACGCACAACUGCGGCGCUAUAGGCAUCGAUGCUCGGGGUUCGGUGCCUGACUAGUCAAGAGAAACACUUCAUACGUCAACAGUGCGUAUCGUCCUUGAUCGAUCUCCCCAGUCGAAGAUAAUGAAUGACGAAACCACGCUCUGAAAACGCCGCUUCCCUGGAGAUGAGAAACGCUGCCAAGUGCUUCAUCAAGCAAUCAAACCCGUCAUGAGGGAAAUAAAGACCUCUGCAACAACAAAGAUCGUCAAGACCAUCACACCCUCCAGUUAAACUUGUGAAUAGUGCCUCGGAAUCGAGGUCUCAUGAGCACCUCCGGAUGCACAUGCAAGCGCCCAACCGUGAGGCACCGUGUGAUGUGAGACACAAGCCAAAAGGCCGGGCCUUCAUCUUGGGUACUGUAUCCUCACGAGGGCAGUUCUCAGGCCGGCUCCUGAGCCUCUCUGGUGGUCCUGAUCUAGCUGUACUUGCAAGCCAAAACAUUUCAGCUCCGAUAUUCGUAAUAUCAUCAGCUGCGGCAGUGCCCCAUAGUAGAUCUGGGAGCCAAAAAUAUACCCUCGGUUUAUUGUCGCUUCAACAACAUCAUUCGUCCGAGACAGACGCCACGAGCGAACGGUUUUUUUUUUUGUCUUCUCGGAUCACUGAUCAUCAGUCGAUUGGCUUUGUCCACUAGCUGUUCAAUGUAACACCAAGCAUCCCAUGUAUGCGCAUACUAGCAUUAAUGCACUUCACUUCAUAGCACAUGCCAACUUUUUGGAGCCAAUGCAAAGCUCACAUCAUCAUGUCCUG